AUGAUUUUGUUUUUAUUUCAGGACGUCACAAUAUGGCUGUCAGUGCUACUAGCAGUUAUCACAUUAGGAACACCAGUAUCAUCAAGCGAGCCUCGCGUGGUGUGCUACUACACAAAUUGGUCGGUAUACAGACCCGGCACAGCGCGCUUUAACCCGCAGAACAUCAAUCCAUAUCUAUGCACGCAUCUUAUUUAUGCAUUUGGAGGUUUCACCAAAGAUAAUUCGCUGAAGCCUUUUGAUAAAUAUCAGGAUAUUGAAAAAGGUGGUUAUGCGAAGUUUACUGGACUGAAGACAUACAACAAAAACUUGAAGACACUGCUGGCGAUUGGUGGUUGGAACGAGGGGUCCACUAGGUUCUCCUCUAUGGUCGCGUCGCGGGAAAGAAGAAAGGAGUUCGUCAGGAAUGCAAUCAAGUUUCUCAGACAAAAUCGCUUCGAUGGUCUGGACCUCGACUGGGAAUACCCUGCCUUCCGUGACGGAGGAAAGCCAAAGGAUAAGGAGCACUACGCUAGGUUCGUUAAGGAGUUAAGAGAGGAGUUCGAAACUGAAUCAGAGAAAACUGGCAAGCCAAGACUUCUCCUUACCAUGGCUGUACCUGCUGGAAUUGAGUACAUACAAAAAGGAUUCGACGUUAAGACUUUAAACAAGUAUCUGGAUUGGAUGAACUUGUUGACUUACGAUUACCACUCCGCAUUUGAGCCAGCAGUCAACCAUCACGCACCACUCUAUGCGAACGAGGAGCCCAAUGAAUAUAGUGUCGAUAGCGAACUUAAUAUUGAUUACACCAUCAAGUUUUACCUCGAACAAGGAGCUGAUGCCGAUAAACUGGUGCUCGGUAUACCAACCUACGGUCGAUCGUACACACUGUUUAACCCAGAUGCGGUCGAGCUUGGCUCCCCCGCUGAUGGGCCUGGAGAACAAGGAGACGCUACCAGGGAGAAGGGCCCUGGUUCGGAUGAAGACUCCGAAGAGUACGAAGACGAAAAGGAACAGCCUUGGACAGUGAUGUAUCCCAACGCUGCAGCCAUGGGUCCGGUCGCGUACAGAGGCAACCAGUGGGUCGGGUAUGAUGACGAAGAUAUUGUUAGGAAGAAGGCUGAAUACGUUGUUGAUCAUAAACUUGGAGGUAUAAUGUUCUGGUCUAUCGACAACGACGAUUUCCGUGGCACGUGUCAUGGCAAGCCGUACCCGCUUAUUGAAGCUGCAAAGGCGUCUUACUACGCUAAGCUUGGGUCCACUAUCAACACAGUUGCCCAGAGUACCCUGUCGACUCCGGCCCGACCAAGUGCCAAGAGGAAACAGCGACCGAGAAUAACCAGUACCACAACGACCACCACCACUUCCACCACUACAACUACCACGCCCAGACCUUCGGCCAGACCCUCGCCCAAACCGAGUGCCAAUACAUAUAACUUCCGAGUGACAAGCACUACUCCAGUAUGGACCUUCAACACUCCAGAGCCACCCACCACGCCAGAUCCAGGAUCAGAUUUCAAAUGCGUCGAUGAAGGUUUCUUCCCUCAUCCACGUGAUUGUAAGAAGUAUUUCUGGUGUUUGGACUCUGGACCCUCAAAUCUUGGCAUCGUGGCCCAUCAGUUCACCUGUCCUUCUGGUCUUUACUUUAACAAAGCGGCAGAUUCCUGUGACUUUUCCCGGAACGUGCUCUGCAAAAUCACAACUCCAACCACCAAGGCACCGACUGCUGCGCCUGCGCCUGCACCAUCUACGACCACAACGACGACUGCUAGGACAACCAUAACCACUAGGAAGGCGUUCCUUAGUACUAAGAACUCUGUACUGUUCAGGACUACUUCUUCAAGUACUACUACCACUCCCAAACCAAAGGUUGAAGAGUAUGAUGAGGAAGUGAUAUCUGACGAAGACGCCGAAGACCCUAAAGUUAUCAAGGAGCUUAUCGACCUGAUCAAGAAAGUCGGAGGUAUUGAACAACUUGAGAAGCAGCUCCAUAGAAGUGAAUCGUCUUCAUCGGUGACCGAUGGCGUGAUAACCACUACACCGUCUAGCUUCAACAAGAAAUUGUACCAGAAAGUGCUGGACAGGACACGAGGACAGAACAAAUUUACUGGCAAAAACAAUAAUGCAAUUGAACCAUUAACACAAAAUGUACAAAAUAGUCGGCGUGGACCUCAGAACGCCGGCUUGGAGCCGUCUAAUGAAAGGGACACCCCCUUGAGAAAAGAUCGUCCCCAGUACGUCACUAUCAACCGUCAACGAGGUUCCACCAGCACGACUGCAGCUCCUGCAGACAGCGAUGAAGAUUACGAAGAAGUGGAAGACGACAAAGGAGAUCAAAGUGUUAAAGUUCAACCCUUGGAGGAAAGAAAAAAUGUAGCAACUACGGCUAAGGCACUGCAAUAUGUCAACAUUAGGAGAGGCCGGCCAAAUACCUUGAGCCCCUCUGAUACCGCCGAUGAUACUGCCUCAAGAAAUGCACUAUUCGAACGACAAACCUCAGUUUCUGCCAUAUCCGAAACAGCAAACAUUGUAGACGCGGUGUCUUCACGACGAGAAGUAAAACCAGAGUACGUCACUAUCCGCAGACAACGACCUACCACGGAGGAAACUACUACUCAACAAUACCAACAGUAUGAAGAAGAAGAAGAUACACAAACGACACUACUAGAAAGAGAAAUAUCGACGCAGCUAAAAUACAAUACCAUCGUGCGAAGUCAAACCACCCUACCCCCCGAAGAGCCUAGCACACGCCCCCCUCUCUUCAAAAUAUAUACUCUUCAAACCGAUACACCCUCAACCCCUGAAUCGACACCUAUGCUAGCAGUCCAAAUAGCUUCUUUACUUCAUUCCUUAAAUUCCUCUGGUAUAGAAGAUUCUGAUAUUGAAACUGAAGCUCCAGUUGCUGAAACAGAUGAGCCUACUACCAUUAGUACAACCACAUCGACAGCUACAACCACAACUACUGGAGCUCCACCCCUUAGACGUACGACUGCCACUAGACGUCGAGGCGUCACCAUUAAGACUACACCAGUGCCGUCAAGUACCACACAGGUGAGUCCCAGGAAUUAUACUAUAGUGCGACGUCGGCGACCUUUACGCGGACCAAAUGAAAUUACUUCGGGUUCAGACGAUAGCAAUGAUUCAUCUCGUAAAAUAAGAUCUACUACCCCAGAUAGCCGAGAAAUAAGUGGUGUAAACGAAACAGUACCCAGAAGAUUCCGUGAUAGAUUUCAAGGAACACGAUUUAGAGUUGACGAUUCUAUUCCAGCUGCAGCAUCGCCUAUUUUAAGUGGACAGCUUAGUUCAAAUGACGAUGAAGAAGUUUCCGUACAAGUUGAUCCAAAAUUUGUACCCAGACAAAGGUUUAAUUUACGAACUGAUAGGCGUUUUCCUAGACCAUCUACCUCAUCUGGCGUUGAUUCUGACACAGUUCCCGAUAGUGACGUAUCAGCUGCUACUGUGGAAGCGAGAAGACCGGGUCUUGUAACAAGAGGACGUAAUAGAUUUACGCUGAGCUCUACCACUGAGGCUACGUUUCGAUCAACUAUUGCAGCAACCUUAACUCCACGCCGACCGACAUUUGGUAGAUUCUCUCCUAGGCCUUUUACGAGACCUCCACCUUCACCUGCCGAUAUAAACGAAGAUGUCACUAUAGAAGCAGUUACUCAAAGGAGUACAUUGCGUUUGCCUCUAAGUAGAACUAGACCUGCGCCAGCAGUUGUUGGUAGAAAGCUACCUUUUCCAUCCCGUCAAUCGACUACUCAACAAGUGUUGCUGAAUUCAGAUAAUGAUGAUGAUGAGCUAGAAACCAGAGCUGACGAUAUUUUACUUUCCGAAAGUGCUAGAGAAGAAAAGGAACAUAAUGAAUCUGAACCUGACGUAGGCGAAGAGUUACCAAAGCGGAGAGUUGUCAUCAAAAAACUGAGACCCACAACUAGCACCCCGCCAAAUGUAGUUAUAGCGACUGAAAUUGUACCUAUUGAUACAGACAAUGCUGAUACUGGUAAAAGAAGAUUCAGGGUAAUUCGCCGACGACCUACUUCCAGUACGACUACUGAAGAACCAUUUGUUUCCGCUGCACCCCCAACUGGACCUGGUCUCCAACGUAUUCGUAAGGUUAUCAGGAAAAAACUACGUCCUACUGAAAUCGAACCAGUAAUUACUGUAAAGACUUCAGAUUCACUCAACAUAUUCAAAAGCUCAAACACCGAAGUGUUUAACUAUGGAGAAAAGACUAAACCUCCUCUCACAACCACUUUAACUGAAGCUGAAACUGAGCCAGUUAUAGAAGAAGUAACCGAAUUUUACAAAGAAGAGAAAAAGGUAGUAACCACAACAGUUGCACAAAAUAUAGAAGAUGAUACAGAAGUAGUUACUCAAGAACCAGAGAUAGAAAAAAUCAUAGAAAGAAUUAAGGAAGAACAAGUACCUAAUAUUGCUGUAGAAACUACAACGAUCACCAAUAAUAACACUGACUCGAAUCAAUCUACGGUCGAAACAUCGGAAAACAUUGAAGUCAAAGCUGACGUUGUUACAGUCGAUAUAUCUAAUAAUGAACAAACUAUAGACGUAGGAACUAAGCCUGUAGAAGAAAUAAAAAAUGUUACUAGUGCAAAUGACGAAAAAAAUAAUGAUGAAUCAAAGCCGGAAAUUAAAAUAGAAAAUAAAGUUGAAGUGGCUAUAGCAACCGAUGAACAAGGAAUUGAUAUUUCGGAUGAUAAAGAAACUGACACGGAAUCAUUGGUUACGGAGACGACCAUCCCUGAAACUACAACUACCAGUACUACAGUAUCGACUACGACUACUAGAAGUAGGUUACCUUAUAGACCUCGUAAAAAGUUAUUUACACCGUCCACGGAAUCAUCUUUACCAUCAACAAGCAAGACUUUCAGUAGAAAAUAUAACCCAGGAGUCUAUACAAGUCCCGCAACAGUAGAUAGACCUCAAUUCAAACCAAGUGGCGCUGUGACAAGAAGACCGUUUUCUUCAAGGAUAUUUACCAGGCGACCAUUUACGACAAAAACCACACAAAAGGUAGAAGAGGACGAAGAAUAUAAUGAUGAAGAAGUUGAAGAACAUGAGCAAGAAAAUCCAUUCGUUUUUGUACCGCCUAACCAGUUGUUUACUAGAAAACCAGAGUCAACUGAGGAAGAUGAUGAAGCUGAUAACUCUGAAGAAUUGUUAGAAGAAGGAGAAGGAGAUGAAAAUUACGAUGAAGAAGAUGAACAAGAUUCACCUAAAUUUCCUCUGACAACAAGGAAGCCUGGAUUCAGACCACGAGUAGUUAACUCAAGUACGUUCAGAACUUCUACUACCACUACAGAACUACCGAAACCAAUUGCAACAUCUCAAAAUAGAACUGGCAUCAUAACUAGAUUUGGAAGUAAUAAACCAGUUACAGACAAAAAGCGGGUACAGAAUAUCCCAUCAGGGUAUAAUAAUCCUGUAAAUGCUGUCAAACCUAAGGGCGGUAUAUUCCUUGUUAAUAAAACUGAAAGUACAAUACUUCAAAACUCUGCAAAAGGAACCACAACAGGAGCUUCUGUCACUGAAAAUGAAUCGUCUACUGCAGAUGACGAUUAUUUAACAGCAACAUUAACAACUAUAACAGAUGAAAAGGAAACUACAGUCUCCUCUGAUAUAUCUACUAUUAACUCUAUUGGUACAGAAACAGUAACCGAUGAAAUGGAAAUCGAUGACAAUACAGAUGAUUACUUAGAAUUUUCUGAACGUACAACUAAUUAUCCGACCACACAAGAUAUGACAACCUUUACACAAACUGAACCUCAAUUCAAGACAACACUCAUAUAUAAUACAGUAACAAAUACGAUACCAAAUACAGAAGCAGCAGUAGAGCAAGAUAGCACAUUUAUUACUACUACAGCAGCACCUCUGGCAACCCCCGUAGUUAAAACUCAGUUUAAUAAACUUUUCUCCAUUAGUAGAGUAGUUGAAGUUAAUUCAAAGCUAGACAAACAUCACUUGAAAAAUAAUCAAACUACACUAAUAGAAGAAGGUCAAAUUAUGGUCGAAAAGAAACCGGUGGUUGAUAAAAUUGGUGAAGUUAGUAGGUAUAGUCUCAUUAAGAUAGUUGAGGACGAAAUUCCAAUAUAUUUGACAAAGUUUGGCCAUAUCUAUCCUGUAGAACAUCCGCCAGAUAAUAUCAUUCGUAUUGAUGAGGCAAGAAAUGCUAGAACCUUAAAUGGAAAUGCACAUGAUGUACCGAAGGAAAAUCUUGUCGCAUCAGAAAGUGUUAAUGAAGGUUACAGACACAUUAAAGAUGUAAGCGACUCAAAAGAUCAAGAACAGAAAACGCACAUAGUACAUGUGCCAAAUGACCAGUUUUUGUCUUACGUAAAUGAUGAUAAUAAAAACAUUAAAGAUUGGGGUAAUCCAACACUUGAUCAAUGGCAAUUUGUUCCGGCAGCGUAUGAAAAUGAAAAGGUGAAGGCAGCAAAAAACUUUGAGAUUAUAACCCCUCGAACUAUGAACACAAACCCGUCAACAUUAUCUUUAGAGGGAUUAUUCAAAACAGACAGCCCUGAAAUAAAUAAAAAAGCAAGUAAUGAACAAAACAAAUCUUUUUUCGUCUACUCACCAUCUACGAUAAACCCAAAAGAAAAUAUAGGUAAACUACCCGUUUUACAACCUGCUAAUGGUCCUACCAUAAUCACUUUUACAAAAGGACAAGAAUUAAGUAGAGCUUCAGUAACAAAAGAGAUUACACAGAAGGAUCUCUCGAAUGGGCCCAUUUAUACUGGAAAUUAUAUAAGUUCUACACUGUCGACUCCUUUGACUACAUUUUUUGAUAUUUCUCCGAUAACAAUUACAGUUACUGAAAAAGCAACCAGUCCAAUUUUAGACUUACUAACUACAACAGUAUCAACAAAUGAUGUUACUACAAUAACAACAGAAUCUCCUAUAACAAUAGAAACAACUGUAGAUGAUACAACAACGACCAAAAUAUCGCCGCUUGAUACAAAGCGAGCCAAAUUUCCAUUUGCAAGGCGACCGAUUAUUAAAUCAUCUAACUUUACACGACCAAGCAUUGCUCCAAGAACUGCAAAGAAAAUAAAUGCUACAGUUAUAUCAAAUCUGAGUCAAAAAACAAAUAAAACCUCAUUUAGUCCUUCAAAAUCACGUUUUUCAGCAACCAGGGCACAAAAUGUACCAGUUGAUUUAAAGAGAAAGAGUAGCUCCUCUAAAGUGGUACCCAGAACUUUCAGUACAAAUAAAGUAUAUACCAGUGAGACUUUAAGAACAACAGAAAGAAAACUGUAUUUCAAACCAAAUCGACCUAGUGUUAGACCAAGUUUCUUCCCGAGAAAAACAACACCAACUGUCACCACCGGGGACACUUAA